GCCUAUUACCCUGGCUAUCCUGGCCAGGCCGGGCAGUUUAUCUGCAGCCCGCUCCCUGCGACUCCUCUGAGUCCUGAGAUGGAGCAGCAGAUGCGGAACAUGCAGCAGCAGGAGCUCGGCAAACUCCUCCGCGAGGCUGCGAACCAGGAGCAGCAGCUCAGCAAUCUGCUUUCCCGGGACCGCAUCAGCCCGGAGGGGCUGGAGAAGAUGGCCCAGCUGAGGGUGGAGAUGCUGCAGCUCUACGAGCGGUGCAUCCUCAUGGAUAUCGAGUUCUCCGACACCCAGAACGUGGACCAGCUGCUGUGGAAAAACGCCUUCUACCAGGUGAUCGAGAAAUUCCGGCAGCUCCUCAAGGACCCGCUGGGGGAAAAUGGUCAAGAAAUUCGUAACAAACUCCUCCAGCUUCUGGAUGAGGGCACUUCCUUUUUUGAUGGCCUGCUCCAGAAGCUGCAGGUGUCAUACCAGUUCAAGCUGGAGGACUACAUGGAUGGCAUGGCCAUCCGGAGUAAACCCCUGCGGAAAAUGGUGAAGUACGCGCUCAUCAGUGCUCAGAGGUGCAUGAUUUGUCAGGGGGACAUUUGCCGAUACCGAGAGCAAGCGAACGACACGGCCAACUACGGGAAAGCACGCAGCUGGUACCUGAAGGCUCAGCAAAUUGCUCCCAAAAACGGCCGCCCCUACAACCAGCUGGCGCUGCUGGCCAUCUACACGCGGAGGAAGCUGGAUGCCGUCUACUACUACAUGCGCAGCCUGGCCGCUAGCAACCCCAUCCUCACGGCCAAGGAGAGCCUCAUGAGCCUGUUUGAAGAGACGAAGCGCAAGGCUGAGCAGCUGGAGCAGAAGAAGCAUCAGGUGCUGGAGCUGAGCCCCAGCUGCCGGGGAAAGGGCAAGAAGUCCACGUUCCGACAAGUCGGAGAUGAUGCCACGCGGCUGGAGAUCUGGAUUCAUCCCUCCCACCCCCGCUCCUCCCAGGGCCACGAGUCCGGCAGGGAUUCUGAGCAGGACAACGGUCUUGGGAACCUCAGCCCCAGCGACCUGAACAAAAGGUUCAUCCUCAGUUUUCUCCAUGCCCAUGGGAAGCUGUUUACCAGGAUUGGUGGAAACGGCUCGGGGCUCGUCCUCAAGGCGAGCGGCGGUUCCUGCCGCGUCGGCCCGAGCGGCGCGGAGGAGCUCGCGGCGCUGCGCCUGCUCCCCACGGGAAUGAAGAACCAGCUCUGCCGGAGCUUCCCAAAAUCCCGCUCUUUGUCAGCGACUCCUGAGCAGCCCCGAGCGUGA